AUGCCACCUAAGUUGAAAGACCCUGGAAACUUUUCUUUCCCUUGUGCCAUUUAUAAGAUGCAAAUUUAUAAUGCCUUGUGUGACUUAGAAGCUAGUGUUAGCCUUAUGCCAUAUUCGGUUUAUCAAAGAGUUGAGUUAGGGGAACUUUUUCCUACCAACAUUACCUUGCAAUUAGCCGAUAGAUCAAUUAAGAUUCCAAAGGCUAAGGUAGUGGAUGUUCCUUUGAGAGUAGGAAAGUUUGUGAUUCCAAUUAAUUUUGUGGUUCUUGAAAUGGAUGAAGAUGCUAACAUUCCCAUCAUACUUUCUAGACCUUUUCUUGCUACCUCGGGUGCCACGAGUGAUGUAAAGAGUGCUAAGAUUUCACAUAUAGUAGGAGAAGAGGUUAUUGAAUUUGACUUGAAUGAAAGCAUGAAAUACCACUCUUCUUCACUUAAGAAUUGCAUGAGAGUUGAAAAUAUAGACAACAUUGUGAAUUCCAUGCAUGAGCACUUGCUCACAUCUAAUGAUCCUCUUGAGUGUGUUUUGUUGAACAAGGAAAACAUAGGUGAUCACGGCAAGGAAUUGGUAUUAUUUGAGAUGUUCAUUGAUGGGAGCAUGGAAGAGAGUGAUGCCCAUAUUUGCAUGGGAAUUACAAUUCAAGAUGCAUUGCAAUUGGCCUCGACAAAGGAAGGGAAAGGUGUUCCCAUGGUAGAGCUCAAACCUCUACCAUCACACCUUAGGUAUGAAUUCUUAGGUCCUAACUCUACUUUUCCCGUGAUUGUUAGCUCCUCCUUGAGUGAGAGCCAAGCUCAAGAGUUAUGUGGUGUAUUGAGAAGACACCAAGGUGCUUUAGGCUAUACCAUUGAUGACCUCAAGGGAGGUUCAAUUAGGCUUUGCAACGCCCUCGCCACCUUCCAACGUUGCAUGAUGGGCAUAUUCGGAGACAUGUUGGAGGAGGAGAUGGAAGUGUUUAUGGAUGACUUCUCGAUGGUUGGUGUUUCAUUUGAGGAUUAUCUUGUGAACCUUGAAAGGUGUUUAGCUCAUUGUGAAAAGGUGAACUUGGUCUUGAAUUGGGAGAAGUGCCAUUUCAUGGUUGAGGAAGGUAUAGUCCUUGGCCACAAGAUCUCUCAUAAGGGUAUUGAGGUGGACAAAGCAAAGAUUGAGGUCAUCGAGAAGUUACCACCUCCGGUUAAUGUGAAGGGUGUGAGGUCUUUCUUGGGACAUGCGGGGUUUUAUAGGAGGUUCAUAAAGGAUUUCUCUCUCAUAGCAAAGCCCCUUAACGAUCUUCUCCAAAAAGACGUCGAGUUCAAUUUUGAUGAUAGAUGCUUGGAAGCCUACAACAAAUUUAAGAAUGCUUUGAUCUCUACCCCUAUUGUCCAAGCUCCAAGAUGGGAGUUGCCAUUUGAGUUGAUGGGUGAUGUAAGUGAUACCGCUAUAGGAGGUGUUUUGGGUCAAAGAGUGGAAAAGAGGCUUCAUGUCAUGUAUUAUAUGUCCAAGACUCUAAGUGCUCUCAAUUACCUUAUAUCUAAAAAGGAAUCGAAGCCUAGGUUAAUCCGUUGGGUGCUUGAACUUCAAACCUUUGAUGUAGAGAUUAGAGACAAGAAAGGAGCGAAAAAUGUAGUGGCGGAUUGUCUCUCUCGCCUUGAGGAUUUCCAAAUUCCCGAUGAUGGCUUUCCUAUUGAAGAUAGGAUGCUCGAUGACUCCUUGUAUGCCAUUAAUAUGAUGGAGCUCCCUUGGUUUGCCGAUUUGGUCAACUACCUUGCAUGUGGGGAGUUUCCACCCUCAUUCUCUACGAAUCAAAGGAGGAAGCUCAAAAGAGAGGCUAGGCACUAUUUGUGGGAUGACCCUAUCUUGUACAAAUGUAGGGUUGAUGGCUUGCUAAGGCGUUGUGUCCCAAAUGAAGAGGUGCCAAAUGUUUUGAAGAUGUGCCACUCGGAUCCUAGUGGUGGUCAUAUGGGUGUCUCUAAAACCGCUUCUAAGAUUCUCCAAUGUGGUUUAUGGUGGCUGUAUCUCUUCAAGAAUACAUGGGGUUUAAUUUUGUUAAGACAUGUGAUCGAUGUCAACGAACCAGAAACAUCUCAAACAGGAAUGAAAUGCCUCAACAACCUAUCCUUGAGUUAG